UCGACAUUGAAGUCGCACCGCGACUCAUCCGUAGUUUCAGUUUCCCGUAAGCAACAAAACGAUCGAGACAUGAUUUCGUAAGACGCACGCGCAGAGACUUUACAAAAAUCCAUCAGACAAUAUUCUAAAAUUGAUCAAAAAAAAAAGUUAUAUCACCACCAACAGCCACCACCCCCUAUAAAGUGUUUUGUGUUGCAUUCUAAUAAAUCAUAGAAAUUCAGGUGCAAAUUUUAGAACAAGUGACAUCGAGAUAAGACUGCCUGCCCCUCACAAUUAAUGCAAAUUUUCCACUAAACCUAAGCAAAAAUUAGUUCAAUUCCCACAACCAACAGUGCAUUUGUGUAUGAAAUCUUUUGAUAGAGUAUGAUAUCAAUAUACUCGUACAGAAAUUCAAGAAUAACAAAGUGUCGUCCAUCAUAAUUGAAACUCGGCACAUUUCGGCACAUUGGAUUGGAUUUAUUGCGUAAUGGAUUUAAAUAUAGCCACAGCAUUAGCAGCUACUUCAACGGCAGUAACCACAAAAGCCAACACGGAACGGAUAUGCAUUUAAAAACUGAUCAUGAUCAAGUAGAACUUCAACUAGCAGAAUAAGCAGCAACCACUAAACCCACUAUAUAUACACAUAUAUAGACAUAUAUAUAUAGCGUAAGCAGAUCAACACCAUCUAGCUGUAGUCACCAUGCAUGGACACCACCACACUCAUCUGCAACCACAACAGCAACAGCAACAACAGCAGCUGCCACAGAACUCACAGGGCCAGGAGCCGGGAGCAGCCAUGAUGAAGGCAGCGAAUCAUCCACUCAGCCAUCCCCACAACCAUGCCCAACCCCACCCACAUCCACAUCCGCAUCCACACCACAAGCUGUCGGCGGCGAGAAGGGCGCGCAGUCGCAGUCGAAGUCGCAGCCCGACGCCGGACGGCAAUCAGGACUACGAUGUGACCAGGAUGCGGGAGGAGGACUUCCAGCGCCUGGCCGUCUAUCUGGUGCCGGACGUGCAGGCCGAGCGGGGGCUGCCCAAUCGGGCGGACAAGACGCUGCCCCGCAGCCUGACGCUUAAGUCAUCCAUGGUCUACUCAACGCCAAAUGUUAAGACUGAAGGAGUUUGGAGCAGCGGUGUCAUCCCACGAGGCACUCGCUUUGGCCCAUUCGAAGGCAUUCCAACCUCAAACUAUCCCAAUGAUAAGAAUAAGGCGCGAUAUUUCUGGCGGGUGCAGGGAACACGCCACAUAACCUACGGGAAUAUUAAGAUCUUCAAAGACGAUGACUACUACUAUCUGGAUGGCUCGGAUCGCUCCCAAUCCAACUGGAUGCGGUACGUGGCCUCCGCCUACAGCCUGUCGGUGAUGAACCUGGUGGCGUGCCAGCACCAGGAGAACAUCUACUUCUACACCACCCGCGACAUCCUGCCCAACGAGGAGCUGAUGGUGUGGUACUGCAAGGACUUUGCCAGUCGGCUCGGCUACGACGUGGAUCCCGAGCGGACGAUCUUCGGCGCUUGCAAACAGGCGGUGGAGGAGGAGGUUGAGGAGGAGGAGGACGAAGCGGAUGCGGAUGAGCGAGAAGAGGCCGAGGGUGAGGGCAAGCCGCAUUACUCCAUGCCAGCUCCCGAGAUCCCCGCCGAGGUGGCAGUGAGUCACAUCACCUACGUGAUGGGCCUGCAUCUGCCGGUGGGUGCGGGAAGUGCUCCUGGAGCCACCCCCCCUCCAUCGGGCAAUCCUGCAGGCAAUGCCCAGUGCUGCCGCCGCUCCAGUCCACCCGCCCAUGUCAGCACCACCUCCUGCCACUCGCACCACCACCAGCAGAACCACCACCACCCCCACAUCCAGCAUGCUAGCCGCCACGCCUCGGUGAUCAUCGGACAGGAUCGAUCGCCGAUGGCCCACAGCGACAAGGACACGGCGGGAUCCCCGCUCUCCGGGCUGGAUCACCAGCUGACCCCGCAGGACGGCAGUGUGCGAUCGGUGCGCUCGGACGAGGGCUACCACAGCAACGAGUGCCACGAGGAUGGCCUGACCCCGCCCGAGGACUCCAGCGACAGCGAGAGCGAGCACAACUACGUCCUGGACUGCUCCAAGAAGGCCAUCGCCCCCAAGGAGACGGUGAUUGCCCAGGCCCAGAAGCCGGGCUGCUCUCCUUCGGCGGUCACGGUCUUGGCCAACACCACCUCCUCGACGACGACCAACGCUUCUCUGGGCCACAGCUCCCCCACGACCACGCCCUCCUGUGAGACGGACAAGAACGAGUACCGGAAGUUCAAGGUCAAGAUGCCGCUGAAGUACGAGUUCAAGAACAAGAGCUGCGUGAAGCAGGAGCCCAGUCUGAAGGAGAUGGACCAGGAGAUGUCACUGCCGACGGAGGAGGAGGAGGACCACUCCAUGCACCCGGAACCCGACUCCAUCUGCCCCUCGACCACCACCCAUCUGGGGGAUGAGCAUUUAAUGAUUCUGGAGCGAGAGAGGGAAAGGGAGAGGGAGCGUGAGAGGGAGCGAGAGAGGGAGCAUCAGUCCAACCAGCAGCCCGCCUCCUCGACGGUGAUCGUUCUGGAGCACGGCGGCCCUCAAACCCGCACCAUAGUGCCCCUAAGCAAGCCCUACUACGAGGCCGAUCCCCCGGGAGAGCGGUACGUGCGAUUCGGACAGCCCAGCUCCAGCAUCCUGGAGACCAUCCUCACCAGCCAGCACCGUCUGGAGGCAGCGGCGGCAGCUGCCAAUGCUUGUCGCCAGGCCAACGCUGCCACGCCCCCGCCCACAUCGCCCACGGAAAUGGCCUACAGCUACAAGAAGUCGCAGCGUUACGGCAAUGCCGUGAGUCCGGACAGCAGCUCCAAUCUCGGCCAGAAUCCCGAGCAGCCCGGCGGAGGAGUAGGAAGCGGAGCCGGCGGAAUAGUGGUGGUCAGUGAUCCGGAGAUGACCAGGGCCACCCUGAUCAAGGGAGAGUGCUCGCCACCGCCGCCCAGCCACCAUCACCACAAUGUGAUCUUCUCGCCGUCGCGACAUGCCGCCUAUCUGGGAGCCAGCGAUGCCGGCGGUCACUCCCCGAGUCCCGGGUACCCGGGCUACCCGCACUACGGAGCGGCAGCCACCUCCACGUUCCACUCGCCGCCCCACAGCUCCCAUUCCCCCUUCGACCGCCAGUCGAACGCCUCGAGCGGGGCCGGAUCCGCCUCCAACUUGCAUUUGCUGCAGAGUAGCACCCAGAUGCUGAACCACCCACUGAUGCAGCCCCUUACCCCGCUGCAGCGCCUGUCGCCCCUGAGGAUCUCCCCGCCCAGCAGCCUGAGUCCGGACGGAAAUUCAUGUCCCCGGAGCGGCAGCCCCCUGAGCCCCAACUCCCUGGCGUCCCGCGGCUACCGAUCCCUGCCGUAUCCCCUGAAGAAGAAGGAUGGGAAAAUGCACUACGAGUGCAAUGUGUGCUGCAAGACGUUCGGGCAGCUGAGCAACCUGAAGGUCCACCUCCGCACCCAUUCCGGGGAAAGGCCCUUCAAGUGCAACGUCUGCACGAAGAGCUUCACCCAGCUGGCGCACCUGCAGAAGCACCACCUGGUCCACACCGGCGAGAAGCCGCACCAGUGCGACAUCUGCAAGAAGCGCUUCUCGAGCACCUCCAACCUGAAGACCCAUCUCCGGCUGCACAGCGGCCAGAAGCCGUACGCCUGCGAUCUCUGCCCCCAGAAGUUCACCCAGUUCGUGCACCUGAAGCUGCACAAGAGGCUGCACACGAACGACAGGCCGUACGUGUGCCAGGGAUGCGACAAGAAGUACAUCAGUGCCUCGGGUUUGAGGACACACUGGAAGACCACCAGUUGCAAGCCCAACAACCUGGAGGAGGAGCUGGCCAUGGCCGCAGCUGCCACAUCGGAGUGCUUGGAUAAAGACCACCCCGAACCGGAUUCCCGGGAGGCCUACGAGCAACUGCAGCAGCACAUGCAUCCUGCUGUGCAUCCUGGCUUGAGGCACCUCUCCAAUGGCGGUCAGUCGCCUCCCCGUUUGAUACCCCUGGGUAGCCACAUGCCGCCACAGCAACAGCAGCAGCAUCAGCAGCAGCAACAGCAGCAGGGUCUGCCGCCGCCCCAUCUUCUGAUGGCCCAACAUCCGGGCGUGGGUCCUGCCUCCAUGCUGCUGACCACCGCCAGUCAGCUGCCGCCUCCACCGCCGCACCACCAGCAGAGCUCGCCCAGCAGCCGGCUGCUGCAACAUGCACAUCCCCAUGCCAUGCAACAGAUGCAACAGCAGCAACACUCCCCGAAGGGCCUCAAGUCGCUGCCCGAAUCGGGGGUGUAUCUGCACGGUGGACAUGUGCAGGCCCAGGAGAGCAGGCCCUCGGUCAUCGAGUCCUCCAACCAGCCCAUGAUAAUCGAGUGCACGUAGGGAUUGGCUGGAGAGGACACGGCAGACUUGGCUGAUGAGCAGACGACCAGAGGAAGUGAUGGAAUCCAAGUGCAAUAAAAUCAAAUAGAGUUAAGAACAGACAGGACAGGACGACAGACAGACAGACAGACCUAUGAAACAAGAACAGCAGCAGCAACAUAGAGCAGCAGCACAAGUAAACGUAACGGUAUUAUUAUAUAGUUGUAUAUAUGGUAGUUAAAAGUCCUCCUUUCCCCACGUAAAAUUGAUCCUCCCCAAGCCCCGUUGGAAAACUCAUUUUCGCGCUAUGAAAAAAAUAACUUAGAUCUCACCAAUUGGCAAAACCACAAAUUCUUCUUCUCACCAUUAUAUCAGCAUGGCAGGAGCAGGAGAGCAUCAGCAGUAAGGGCAUAUUAUUUUUGAUAAAUAUUUUAUAUAUAUAUAUAAAGAUAAAGAAACUGAAUGAAAAUGAUAAAUUGGUAAAUACCGAAAGCAAUUGUUAAUGGGAGAUAAAUAAAAGAAAAAAAAAAGAAAACAUAAAUGGAGCAGAGAAGAAUUUUGGGAACGAGAGAAAAUGCAUUUAGAUUUGAAUUUCGAUUUUAGAUGAUUUAUCCGAUUUAUGAAUUCUGUUCUCUCAAGCUCUCUGUUUGUUUGUUUACCUGUUUGUUUGUUUGUUGAGGCGCGAACCUUUAGAUGUAGAAUACACUGCUAGAAAUACAAGCUUGACUAAGGAUAUAUACACACACAUACAUACAAUACAUAGAUUCAAGUUGCCUUAUUUGAAUUUCGUUAGCACUGAUACCCGCGAACAUAAAGAUACAGAAACCGAAAUACA